CGUUGCUAGCUGCCUGCGUACCUAGCAACGGAGAAUCUUCGCUCAGUUCACUUUUUUCAGCGGCUGUCAUCAAUCCAGCAAUACUAAAAAUGAGUAAGAGCCAUAAAGGCAUGGAGGAGGGGGAGUGGAUGGCGAGAUUGAGAACUUUUGCCUCCAGUGGAGUUUGGCCCUCUGGCUCUGGUAACAGACCAGCCAGCGCCAAGGCAAAACUAAAUGGCACGACCUCUAUCAAAAGAUAGAGAAAUGCCCCCUCCAGACACGUGGGCAGACAACACUUUUUGGUGGGCCCACAGGCUGCACUUGUGGUUUCCAUACCACAAAGCAGCCUGCCACACAGUCACCAGCGGCAGGAGAGCCAGCGCCAGCCAGUCAGGGAUCUGUGGCCCCUGCAGCUGCUCAGAAGACUUUCUUGCGGCCUCCUCCAAGCCUGUCAGCGUUCACCAAGCAACGUUUUGGCGGGGCGCAGUCAGCCUCUCUGAAGCCACAUCUAGUGGCCAGAAGGACCCCAAGCCCCGCUCCUCCCAUUACAUCCUCCGUGAGGACCCCAAGCCCUGCUCCUCCCGUUACAUCCUCCGUGAGGACCCCAAACCCUGCUCCCUCUGCUGCAUCCUCCGUGAGGACCCCAAGCCCUGCUCCUCCCAUUACAUCCUCCGUGAGGACCCCAAGCCCUGCUCCUCCCGUUACAUCCUCCGUGAGGACCCCAAGCCCUGCUCCCUCUGCUGCAUCCUCCGUGAGGACCCCAAGACCCCAAGCCCUGCUCCCUCUGCUGCAUCCUCCGUGAGGACCCCAAGCCCUGCUCCUCUUCCUCCUCCUGCAUGUCCACAUGGCGAUACCCACACCAGCAGCCUGGAUGAAGCAGGAGAUGGAGCUUCAUUUUGGUUGCCAGGGGAGUUGAGGAAGACGAUCCCCACACAGGACCAGCGCUGGAUUGCCAACACCAUAUUCCAGUCUGGCAGACUACGAGCGGAUCUGAAGUUGUGGUAUGAGCCCCCAGUCCCAGCACUCAUUUACCACCAGACCCCGACUCCAGACCGCUUUUUCACACAUAGGCUGAUGGUGUGGAUGCCCUACCACCUGUGGAAAGUGAGAGUUUUCUGCCCCUCCUGUGGAAAGCAGCUGACUGGAUAUGGUGUCCAUAAAAGGGCCCGUAAAGUCCUGGACAUUGACAGGUAUUACCUGAUGCUGACCGAAACCCUCAGGUGCACGGUCUGUUCCCUGAAUUACUUGUCAACCAGUCAAGCUGUCCGGGAGCAGCUGGACCUGCCGCACGCCCAGAUGUUCAGGCUUAUCCUGACCCGCAAGUGAGUAAAGCUGAAGCAAGCUGGUGAAUGCUGUUCAUUAAUUGUGAAUAUUACAGUGCCAUUAAUUCACUGUUUAAUUAUAUGAAUUAAAAAAAGUGUAGGACUCCUCCUUAAAGGUACAGUCUGUGAUUUGUUGUUUUUGUUUGGGGGGCAGGGUGGCACGGUGGUGUAGUGGUUAGCGCUGUCGCCUCACAGCAAGAAGGUCCGGGUUCGAGUCCCGUGGCCGGCGAGGGCCUUUCUGUGCGGAGUUUGCAUGUUCUCCCCGUGUCCGCGU